AUGUCUCUUUUUGGUAACCCCCGGCAUCAAAUUACCAACAGCGGUUGCUACAUCUAUGUCGACAAUAUCCUCAAAUAUCUCCCUCAGGUCCAGGUCAAUGCCCACACCACUAUUCUAGCCACUACAUCCCGCACCAAUCUCACACAGACCUUCGUCAAUCCCACAACGAACACUAUAGACGAACUCCGCUAUGUGUUCCCCCUCUACGAUGGCGUUUCUGUUGUCGCAUUUACCUGCACCGUCGGCUCUCGCGUCAUCAAAGGCGUAGUCAAAGAACGACAGAAAGCACAGCAAGUCUACAAUAAGGCCAAAGCUAAAGGACAAACCGCUGGUCUUUUCAAGCAAUCCCUCAAAGCAGCCGACACUUUCACCACAACUAUUGGCAACGUUCCUGGCGGCGAAAAGGUCCAGGUCGAAAUCACUUACCUUGGUGAACUCAAGCACGAUGCUCAAGUCGAUGGCCUUCGCUUUACCAUCCCCACACAGAUUGUUCCCCGAUAUGGGAACGCCGAGUCCCUCGAAAUUUCUAAUGCUAUUCAAAAGCAAGGAAUAUCAUUUACCAUCGAUGUUGAGAUGCCCGACGGCUCAUCUAUCAAGUCUGUUCAGUCACCAUCCCACCCGCUUUCUGUUGAUAUCGGCACCACAUCCACCACAAAGUCACAGGAUCCCUCCCUCCAGCGGGCUUCUGCCACUCUUCAGCAGGGCACCGACCAUUUGGAACAGGACUUCAUUGUUCAGGUGGCUACAACAAAGCUUGGAGAGCCAUCGGCCAUCCUCGAGACGCAUCCUACUAUUCCCAACCAACGGGCCAUUAUGACGACGCUCGUCCCCAAGUUCAAGUUGCCAACCGAAAAGCCAGAAAUUGUUUUCGUAUGCGAUCGAAGUGGAAGUAUGGGCGGGCAGAUCCCUAACCUGAAGGCUGCCCUCGAAAUCUUCCUCAAGUCCCUACCUGUUGGUAUCAAGUUCAACAUUUGCAGUUUCGGUUCCAGAUUUACCUUUCUCUGGGAGCGAUCCCAGACUUAUAGCCAAGAAACCCUGGACAAAGCUGUGCAGCAUGUUCAGACUUUCGACGCUAACUACGGAGGAACCGAGAUGUACCAACCCUUUGAAGCCACUUUCCAGAAGCGUUACAAGGACAUGAACUUGGAAGUCUUCCUGCUGACCGACGGUGAGAUCUGGGAUCAAGAUCGCCUCUUCGAACUUAUCAACACCGAGGUAGCUCAGAGUGAGGGUACGGCGAGAGUCUUUACUCUCGGUAUAGGAGCUGGCGUCAGCACUUCGCUUAUUGAGGGUAUUGCUCGAGCCGGCAAUGGCUUCGCUCAAACAGUAGGCGACAACGAGAAGAUGGACAAGAUGGUGGUUCGCAUGCUCCGUGGAGCUCUAUCCCCUCACAUCACCGACUACUCUCUCGAGAUCAAGUAUGAGAAAGUAGAAUCAUCCACUGACGACGACGAGUUCGAGCUGGUUGAGAAGGUUACUGAAGGUUUGAAAAUUGAUACCGCUGAGGUCAGCACGACCAAAGAGAGUGAAGCGCCGAAGAAGCCCAUUUCACUAUUUGAUAACUCUGCCGACGACGACGAUACCAGCAUGACUGAUGCACCCGCGAUCGACAACAAGUACGAUCAUCUUCCUACUGUUUCUGUCCCCCGUUACCUGCAGACACCCAGUCGCAUUCCAUCACUAUUCCCAUUUAGCCGCACAACCGUUUAUGUGCUCCUCUCCGAUGCGACUCCUGCUCAGCAACCCAAGUCUGUCCUUCUCAAGGGUACAUCUCGCCAUGGUCCUCUAGAGCUUGAGAUACCCAUCACCACAACUACUGAGAAAGACUCUGUGAUCCACUGUCUCGCAGCUCGCAAAGAAGUCAAGGAACUGGAAGAAGGACGAGGAUGGCUCACCUAUGCCGAGGACAACAGUGGUAAGCUACUCAAAGAGAAGCAUGACGGCCACUUCUCAGACAUGGUUGAGAGGGAAGCUGUACGCCUGGGUGUCAAGUACCAGGUUGGAGGCAAAUGGUGCUCAUUUGUCGCUGUUGCAGACAAUGAGGAUGCGCAGCAUGUGGAACAAGCCCAGGAAGCUACCAUUGCUGAGCCUAGAAGUGUUGUAGCACCAGCUCGCUCUUUUGCACAGACUGGGAUUGGUAUGGGAGGCGCUUUUAGUCUGCAAUCUAUGCCCCGUUCUUUGAACAACCCAUUCGGCGCCUCCAGUAGCUCGACUUCGCUUUUCGGAAAUUCCAGAGCAAUGAACACCGGUGGUGGUUUGUUCGGAGCCGCCCCAGGAGGAUCAUCCAGUGGAGGACUUUUUGGCAGCGCUCAGCCUCCACCACCACCUGCCCCGGCAGGAUCUGCUAACACCGGCGGCGGUUUGUUUGGAUUUGCCCCAGGAGGAUUAUCUAACACCGGUGGUGGUCUGUUUGGAGCUGCCCCGAGAGGAUCAUUUGGUACGAGCGGAGGGCUGUUUGGCAGCGCUCAUCCCCCUCCACCCAUCGCAAGCAACCGUAACGACGAACCACCAAUUGUCCAAGCCGCAGCUCUUGCACCCCCUGCUGCUGAGGUUGAUGAACAGUUGCUAGCUCAGUACCGAAGUGAGAUGGACGAGGCUGCAGCUAUGCCACUUAUAGACUAUAGUGACGAAGAGAAUGAAGAAAACGAUUCUGGUCAAGACAUGGGCUUUUGUUUUUUUGACGGUGGAGGACCCGCUGCUCCCGCUGCUCCCGCUGCCCCCCAAGUGCCCCAGCAGGCCCCGACUCCCGCCCAGAAGAAGACAAGCGAGAUAAGCCCGCUGCAAGCCCUCACCACCUUGCAGACCUUCUCCGGCAGUUGGUCAUGGAGUGCUGACCUGGAGCGCGUACUUGGUUUUACUGCUGAGACAAUUUCCAAGAUUGAACUUCCUGCAGUUGUCAGGGAUCACACAGAGAAGGAAAGCAUCCUCGCUACGGCCUGUGCUGUUCUCUUCUUCAAGAAGAAGCUCAUGGAUGAGAAAGAUACUUGGGAGAUGUUGGUGGAGAAGGCUGAGGGAUGGUUGGAGGAUAGUAUUGGGGAGGAUGGUGUCAGUGAGCUUGAUAGUAUGCUUGAGAAGCUCUUCUAG